AGGGGAAAUCACUCUAUUAUCUCAUGGAUGUCCAGCAUGGGAUUCACUCGUCAACAUCGAAACCGUUCAAGCAUUAUCUCAUGCAACUGAUGUCUGUCUUCAUAUAUAAAAGGUGACAGCCUCCCUUCCAUGAUGAAGUUUGACUGGGGUCCGUCUUUGUUCCGACGUCUAAAUGGUGUUUUCUGUAUCUACAAGCCGACGGGUCCUCCAGUGCAUAAGGUCCUCGAGAUCAUACGAGGCAAUCUCACCAGAGACAUCAAUGCUCUGCCGUGUUACAAGUACGAGCGGAGGAUGCAGCGAGCGGAGGCCAACACAGAAGAGAAGCUGCCGUCCCUGUCAUCACUCCCAGUAGAUGCAGAAAACCAGGCUCAGCACAGGCUCACCCUGGGGCCUAGAUACGUCCCCGAGGACUUCAUACUGGAACCUCUCCAUGGCCUCUCUCGACAUGCUGCAGGUGUUUUAGUGAUUGGUCUUGGACGAGGCUGUGAAUAUCUGGAACACAUCGCCCUUGCGAGGUACCUCAGAGUGUACCAUGUGAGGGGGAGGUUUGGCUGGGCCACAGAAAAUUACAGCCCUAAGGGGAAAGUCCUUGAGAGAACUUCUUUCCACAACAUCACCAAGCCGAAGUUGGACAAAGUGUGUGCUGCAGCCCAGGCUAACCAUACCAAGUAUAUGUUUGACUAUGCUGGUGUUCGGCCAGACAGUCAGGAAGCCUACAUGCUUGCUGCCUCUGGACUGGUGCGUCCGGAGAAUGGGAAGACGCCCCCCAUUCUAUAUGGUGUGAAGUGUAUCGAGUUCAACCCUCCGGACUUCACACUGGAGAUCCAUGCAAUCAAUGAGAAAUGCACAUAUUUGAUGAACUUGAUCGGCGACAUUGGGUUGAGCCUCAAAUCGACGGCAGUAUGCACGCACAUCCGGCGUGUCCGCUACGGCCAUUUUGAGUUGCAGCAUGCACUGCUACGGAAGCAGUGGACAGCCGAACACAUCCUUGACAACCUCAGAUCCUGCAGGAGUCUAUUGUCAGUUGAUAAGUUAGCCACAAGUGAGACUGUCCACCAUCUUGAUCAAGAUGGCCGACGCCACAGGCAGUUAGGAAGUGGAAGAGAGGGACUCCCAAGGGACACACUGAAGGGAGGGAACAGAAAAAUGUUGUCUAGUUGAGUUACGUGUGCGUGAUGUUGACUUGUGUGUGAAAGUUGUUAAAAUCAAAGGGAGGUAAUCAUGAUCAAUCUAAUUUUCUGAGACCACAUCAGGAAAACUGAAGGAUCAUCAAUUGCAUGUUGUGUGCUGCCUUCCUUGAUUCAGGAAGAUGAUGACAGAUCAGUCAUAACUACUUGUGUCAUUCCGGCAAGCUGGAUGGCGACUACCCCUCAAGUGGCCAUGUUCACCACUGGGCCUUGUAUAAAGGCAAACAGGCACAGAGAUUAAAAUAGUCUAGGACUAUUUCCAAGGAAAGAUAACUCUGAAUUUCCAAACAUGGCUACUUCUAGGAAACAACAAUUUAGCGCCUGUUAAUGUAUUACCAAGUCACUUUAAGUGUGUAACAAGUAACAAAAUAAUUUUAUGAUCACAGAAAUAAUAAUGAAAACUGUUGAUCGCAAAGAAACUAUUUGACCUAAUUUCACAUUUUACUACACACGAUUUGAUUGGUUUACCACGAAUUUUGGCAAUAAUACAGGUACGAGUCUUCUUGUAGGUCACGGAAAGGGGGUGUAGUUACGAAUCGAUGACAUAUAUGUUAUUCUUAUCCAACUCAGCUGCUCACUCCCGGACAGUUGAUAAGUGACUUGACUGUGCUCUGUCGUCCUACCCAGAAGACAUGGGUCACUGCUGAUGAUAUCAACCACUAGCACAACACUGAGAAGCAAAACUAUGUGUGUUUCAAGAUUUGCAGGCAAAUGGAAACACUGUGUGUUUUUGAGUAUUGAAAGUUAUGGAAGGAAUUUGUAGGCUUUGAAAUAAAUGUUAGCUAAAUGUG